AUGAGACAAGCCGCAAAAGGAAAAUUUGGUGAGAGACCCAAUUGGGAUGGCAGUGAUGUUGGUUCACUGCCAAACCCAGCAAGUCCAACAGGUUGCUGGGAUGAAAAAUUGGAGCAGCCCACAAGAAAACUUGUCACAUUUUGUUCCGAAGUUUCCAACAAUAAACUCCCAGCUAUGUAUCCUAUUGAAAUCCCAUAA